AUGGGGGUACCGAACCCUAAUCUUGAUGCUCUCGAGGAGCAGCGUCUCGCGCUCGAAGACAACAUCCUCCAACUUCAGAAAUCGCUUUACCACUGGCGAACCUGGGAAGCUGAAUACGAUGGAAUCCGCGAGGAGAUAACUCAUCUGGAAGAUGAUGCCAGCACAGACGAAUUUAUCGCCGUCGCCGAGGAAUUCGGUGGCACGCUGGUGGACCAGAAGGAAAUGCAUACGAUACUUGGUACCCAAGGCGUGGCACGGUCUCGUGAGCAAGUGAUUGAUCUUCUGGGAAGACGAAUCGAUUAUGUGAAGCAGAAUGUCGCGACCAUGGAGAAGCGCCUGCAGAAAGCCGAGGACGAACUCCACGCCCUGGUCCUGGAUGAUCAACCACCAGUCCGCGAUGGCUCGGACUUCCCGAUGCAGGAGAUCAUGGAGGAGCUUGAUGAAGAUGGAAACGUUGUCUCUAGCAAGAUCAAUACUCCCGGGAAUGAGGCUUCGGAAUUGCUGGAUGUGCUGAAGAAGGCUGGUGUGAAGGAUAUUCCAGAGACCAAUCAGCCGGAGAAGACUGCUGCCAACCCCACCGAUGCUACAUCUGAAGCUGCGCUGGGUGAGCCAAGUGUCUCAGAGAGCGCAGAUCAGCAUAAUGAUAUCUCAAGCGGCGGCCAAAAUGAAGCUGCGGAGCCAAGCGGUCCCUCCCUGCACUUCUCCCAACCUCAGUCUGUCGUGACUGCCGAAGAUCGCAUGCAACCCCCUGUCACCGAUGUCAAUGAGUCCGCGGAAGAAGCAAGGCUUCGCCGUGAAAUGCUCGACUACGGAAUCAAUGAGGUCGGUGCUAUCGUCGCAGAGCUGGAAAUGGAUGAGUCCGCAAGCGAUAUUUCUUUCGACGAGGAAUACGACUAUGACUAUGAUGAAGAGGAGAAUGAAGACGAUUACGGCCGCUCUCACACUCGCCUCACGCCGGAAUAUCAUCAACAGAUGAUGGAGCUGGAGGCCAAACUCAAUGCUCGUGGCUUAAUGAACAUGGGCAAGGAUACUGAGACGUUCCCCGAGGAAGUGCAGAAAGAGAUCGAGAAGCCUACCGUGGUUGAGACUUCCGGUAAAGAGAAGAAGCCUAAGAAGCGGGUCGCAUUCGCCGAUGAUCUUGACAUCGCACCAGCUCCUGCGCCUCCAGCCCCCAUUGAGAAAGCUCCAGCUUCACAAGUUGAACCUCAGGUGCUCGCUGAUUCCAUUGUUGAACGUACUAGCCGGUCCUCAGAACCCCCCUCAACCGCUCCCGCUGUUCCAGCUGUUCCCAAGAAGGCGUCGAAGUUCAAGAGUGCCCGGAGUGCUGCUUCCGGUACCACUGCAAGUGAGCAGGUCACUACAGGGGCUACAAUCGCAAAUCCCUCACAAGCCACCGAGGCUCGUCUUCGCAAACAAGCCAAUGUAGCUCCAUCUGCAGUACCACCUGCCCUGUUCCCAGCAACACCAAAAGCACCCAAACCCUUUUCCAUGCCGAUCACAGAUAUCACCGAAACGCCCGAGAAACCCUCUCCGCCUCAGUUCCCGCAUGACCGGACUCUAGCCGAGAAAGUCUUCGAGCGACAGGUCAAGCCAGGGGCUGCAGUCGCCCCCGAAUUGGACCACUACGACGAGGAGCUUCAUCAAAAGCAGAUUGCGUCGGAGUUCUUCCAUAUGCAAAACCGCAUGAAUGGCGUGUCGCAAGACGAGGAACAGCAGGUCCUCCCUCCCGAGCCAGAGGAGCCGCCUAAGCGGGUGAGUAAGUUCAAAGCUUCCCGAAUGGGGUAG